AUGAUAGAUUUUAAUGAGCCAUCCAAUUUAUUAGACAGGGCUUUUAGUCUUUGUCUAUAUGAACCUGUAAUUUCUGGCAUUCAAGAUUAUAAUAUUAAAGCAGGCAGAACACUAAAUGUUACUCCCACAGUAGAUGCUUAUCCUCCCCCUACAUCUAUAUGGUGGACUCGUCAAAAUGAUAUCAAAUUCGUUCACUUUGGAUGGAAUCUUACAAUCAUUAACAUUCAAGAAAAGGACAGUGAUAACUAUACAUGUCAUGUGAUGAACACUCUAACACCAUCUGGGUUGUCUGCGCAGAACAGAACUUCAAUAACAUUUUUUAACAUUAAUGUUCAGAAGAUACAUAAUGAAGAUUCAAUAAACAGUGCUGCGUUCGGGGUAGGAAUGGGAAUCGCUGUUAUCCUAUUGAUUUUAGGAGCUACUAGUGUAUUCAUUUUUCUGUACAGGAAACGUCGAAUGACAAAAAGAAGAGAAAACAGCAACAGCAAAGUAUAUGAAUCAGAAUUAGACAAACCGAGGCAAACGUCUGGAGUAGACAAUCAUUUGUAUAAUGAAUUGCAAGAUCUUAAAUCAGAUGGUAAACAGCAGCACAGAAGCUCAGAAAGAUGCUCGAACACUUACGAAGAAUUUGGAGAAGUCAAGAACAAUGCGAAUGACAAUAUUUACGAAAAUAUGAAAAUAUCAACCAACGAGAUACAAAUACGUCAAAAAGAUACGAACUUAUAUGUAAACCUGGAAUUAAAACCUUCAACAAGAACCUAA